AUGGCUACCUCGGGCGUCUUCUCGGCCAGACGUCGCACCCCAGGCGACUCAGAUGACACAGACUUGAGCCUCCCGCGAUGCGCCCCCGGAAGACGUAUCCCCAGUGCAGUAUGGGAAAAGAAGCGUCCUAUAAUCACAAGACUCUACCAGGAGGAAAAGCGACCGCUCAAAGAGGUCAUGGAAGUCCUUGAGCGUGAGCAUGGCUUCACGGCGACCGUCAAAAUGUACAAGUCGAGGAUCUGGAAGUGGGGCCUGGAUAAGAAACUCAAGAGCGAUGAGGUCCUUGCUAUUCUUAUCUUGAGAACGGAGCGUGAGGCUCAGGGAAAGACGUCAGAGUUUACUAUUCGUGGACAACCGGUCGACCUUGAUAACAUAAACAGAUAUAUUCGACGGAAUCCACAGCUUGUCGCUCGUUUUCGAGCUGGCGUUGUGCCUAGUAUACAGACAACUCUCGAGGUUCAAUGUCGGACGCCAGAACCUGCUUCCAGCAGUCCUUUACCACCACCGCCGAAGGAUACUUCUUGUAUAGAUCGGGUUCUAGAACUCUUUACGAGCUAUUUCGACACAUGCUUUACCAACAGAACCUGGAAAUACGAGUACAACGGCGAUUGCGUCAGUCCAAAUACUGGUGAUCGGAGCGUCGAGUUAUUUGAACGCGUGGUGUCGAGCUUUGGCUUGUUUAACAGAUCAAUGAUGAGGAAGGACGAAGUAUCGGUCAGAACCAUGCUCACUCCAGCCUUUGAGUUACUCAAGGAGGUAGUUGCCUCUGAGAGUCCCGUCUUUGCCACUAGAAUACCUUUUCUGCUGUGGUUUCUACAUCGAUUCCACAAGGAUGACCUUCUCCAGAUCGUCAUGAAGCACCUGACUGUGCUGAUACCCAUGGCUUUGGGUCAGAAUCAUCCAAUGACACAGAUUUGGGAGAUCAUUGGAUCUCCAGGCUUUACCGACUAUUACGAACUAUCUACACGCCUAUACUCUACGCUUGUGCCUCUCUUCGAAGAACGAAUAGGGCCGGCAAAUGCACUUACAACAAUAUUGUACUGCGAUCAUAUUGACUGUCUUGUCUACCAUGAUGAGACAGCAGAGGCACUCGAAGUGUCUACGACGUAUCGAGCCAGAGCAGAAGCCACACAUUUACGACAUCCUUGGCUCCGAGAACUCGCCAUCCUACAGACCGGCAUAGUCUGCAACGCAAAGACCGCCGAGAACAAGAUCGAAGAAGCCAUGGAGUAUCUCCAAACGUUAAAAGAUUGGGAUCUAGACGAAGAGCAAGAAGCCGGCAUGAAUGUCCAACUGGGCAACUACAGCUAUCAAAUGGGCGACCUAUCUUUAGCAAUCGAGUGCUUCCGAGAAGCUUCGAAUCUUAUCACCGCCUGCAAAGGAGACGAGCGUAUCCUGAUCAGCUCCCUCGCCAAUCUCGAGUCCGCGCUGCGCAAGAAGGGAGACACAGAUGAGGCAGCCCAGGUGCAUGAGCUGCGGCUCACACGCCUAUCAGACUUUGCCAGGGAGUCGGGGACCUUUGCAUCUUCGUCGUGUCCAAUAGAAAGCACGGGUCAUCUGCCGGAUGUGUCUCCCGCGCCCGUCAGCCCUAUGGAUAGUUACAGCUGGGAUGGUCAGCAGGUAUCUUGA